CAGCUGAGACUUACUAAGUAGUUGCAUUCUUUUUUUUAUUUUAUUGGUAGAAGUAAGGCCAACAGCUUCAUACUACUGUCAAGCUCAGGGGAUCAAAGUAUCAUUUAGCUUCAAAGAGUAGUGCACUUUCAUUUAAGCAAAAUAAGCAUGGUUGAUUAUGGUGUGGAAAGAAAGAAGUCAAUGGAAGCACGCUACUAUUAUGGCAUCGUAUUCCUGAUAAUGAAUCUUGUUACCUGGUUUUUCCGUGACUAUGGCCAAACUGUCUUCUUACCUUGGCUUCAUUAUAUAAAAGUUUGCGGAAAUGAAGGAGAAGAAUGUUUUCAUUCACUGGGAGUUCUGCGUGUGAGUUUAGGAUGCUAUAUAUUUUUCCUAGUUAUGUUUCUUACUACAGUUAAGACAAGAAAAUUAUGUGAAGCUCGGAAUUCAUGGCACUCUGGAUGGUGGGGAUUGAAGUCUAUUUUAUUACUUGUAUCAAUGGCACUCCCAUUCUUGUUGCCUUCAGAAUUUGUUCAAAUAUAUGGUGAAAUUGCACGUAUUGGUGCUGGAAUUUUUCUUUUUCUACAGCUUGUUAGUGUUGUCCAUUUUAUCACAUGGUGGAGUCACUACUGGAUUCCAGACGAAGAAAGUUGGCAGAGGAGGUCCCUUGGGAUUUUCAUGUCAACACUGUUCUAUGUUGCAUCUCUAUGUGGAGUUGUGUAUAUGUACAAAUCAUAUGCCUCAAGAUCUUCAUGUUCUCUCAAUAUAUUUUUCAUCACAUGGACUGCAAUUCUACUUGCUGUUAUGAUGGCUGUAUCUUUACACCCAAAGGUACAUUUCGUUUUUUCUGUGUGAAUGAAUUUUAUUAGACAUAUAAUCAUUCAUGUUAUUUCUUUCUAUUAGCGAAUGAUUAUAUCUUUCUAUUAGCUUAGGUUUUUGAGAUGAAUAUUUUCAUGCUACGAUAUUAGAACUCUAUGUCUGAAAGGUCUAGAGUUCAAUAUUUGGUAAAUUGCAAAAGUGAAAAAAUAACAUAAGGCAAAUAAAAAAAAGAAUAGAAAGCCUAUGCAAAAAUCAAACAAACUC